AACCAAAUCGUUAAGAACAAUAUUAAAAUGUAAACGACUAGUAAGAGUCAGUAUCAUCAAUAUCAAAACCGUUAGAAACAUGGGAAAAUGAUACGGAGAAAGGAAUUAAAACAGGAGAAUGAUGGUUCAACAUUAAUGCUGAGUUUAUCUUAAGUCCGGUCGGAGCAGACCAUAUAAACAUGAGGUUCAUGUUGUUGUUAUUGGUGUAUGUAACCACACCUAGUACCGUACUGCCUCGGGUUAUCCGUGUUGGAGCUAUAUUCACAGAGGAUUUAAAGGAUUCCCCUACCGAGCUGGCCUUCAAGUAUGCAGUUUACAAGAUAAAUCAGGAUCCAUAUAUUCUAACAAAUAGAACUCUUGUUUAUGAUAUUCAGUACGUGCCAAAAGAUGAUUCAUUCAGAACAACUAACAAGAUAUGUACACAAGUAGGGUAUGGAGUGCAAGCAAUAUUUGGACCAAACGACCUCAUACUUGGUUCUCAUGUGCAAUCUUUGUGUGAUGCCUUAGAUAUCCCUCACCUUGAAGCCAGGAUAGAUAUAGAUCAUGGAUAUAAGGAGUCGUCACUUAAUCUUCACCCGUCCCAGGAACUGAUGAACAUAGCCUACAAGGAUUUAAUGAUGUUCCUAAACUGGACUAGAGCUGCAAUUCUUUACGAAGAUGAAUAUGGGUUAAUAAGGUUACAAGACCUAGUUAGAUCCCCGCCUGCUAAGAACCUAGAAGUAUACAUCAGACAAACUAAACCUUCAAACUACAGGACUGUUCUACGUGAGAUAAAGAAGAAGGAAAUAUUUAAUAUAAUUGUGGAUACAAGUCUUGAGAAUAUUGCAGACUUUUUUAGAGCUAUUCUACAACUACAGAUGAAUAAUCAUUUAUAUCAUUACACUUUCACGUCGUUUGAUAUUGAAGCAAUGGACCUGGAGGACUUCAAGUAUAAUCAAGUUAAUAUUACAGCUUUCAGGUUUGUAGAUGCUGGUACGGAGAGGGUAAAAAGUGUUCUUAAAGAAAUGGAAAAUUUUCAUCCGAUUGGUUCAUCAAUAAUUACGAAACCAGGGAUGAUCAGCACAGAGCCAGCCAUGAUGUUUGACAGUGUUUAUGUUUUCACCAAAGGAUUAGAAAUGGCUCUAGUCGAGGGUCCAGAACUGCAAAUUAGGAACUUGUCCUGCGAGGAUGAAUUACCGUGGAAAGAAGGUUCUACCCUGAUCAAUUUUAUUAACAGUGUUCAGAUAGAUGGUCUUACUGGGCCUAUCAGGUUUAAAGAGGGGAAAAGACACGAAUUCAAACUUGAUAUCCUCAAGCUGAAAAGGGAUGUUUUAGAGAAGGUUGGAGAGUGGAGUUCAUUAACUAGAUUGAAUAUCACGGAUAAAUAUGCUUUCAGUGAAGGGAGACCAUCCAAUAUAACUCUCAGGGUCCUCUCUAGAAUAGAGGAACCUUUUGUUAUGUUUAAAAAGCCGAGUGCGGAGGGUGAAGUACUUUAUGGAAAUAAUCGGUUUGAAGGGUUUUGUGUUGAUCUUUUAGAACAGAUAGCAAACCAGGUAGGGUUCAAGUAUUAUAUUGAACUAGUGCCCGACAAUAACUACGGAGCCCUUAACCUUACAACCGGCAAGUGGAACGGUCUUGUCAGGGAAUUAAUGGAGGGGAAUGCUGAUAUUGCUGUUGGAGCGAUGACAAUUAACUUCGCCAGGGAGAGUGUAAUCGACUUUACUAAGCCGUUCAUGAACCUGGGUAUCUCUAUCCUAUUCAAGAUCCCCAGUGGGAAACCUACCAGACUCUUCAGCUUCAUGAAUCCCCUAGCUAUAGAGAUAUGGCUGUAUGUUUUGGCUGCUUAUGUUCUUGUCUCUUUGACUCUGUUUGUUAUGGCAAGAUUCUCUCCUUACGAAUGGAACAAUCCGCACCCCUGUGUAGUUGAUAACGACGUGAUGGAGAACCAGUUUAGUAUCAACAACAGUUUCUGGUUUAUUACAGGCACAUUUCUCAGGCAGGGGUCAGGCCUUAAUCCUAAGGCCGCGUCAACUAGAAUAGUUGGGGCUAUCUGGUGGUUCUUCACCUUGAUUAUUAUCAGCUCGUAUACUGCCAACCUUGCAGCUUUCCUAACAGUAGACAAGAUGAUUACACCGAUAGAAAAUGCCGAGGAUUUAGCACGACAGAAGGAGAUAUCAUAUGGAACUCUUAGUGGUGGUUCAACAAUGACAUUCUUUAGAGAUUCUAAGAUAAAAACCUAUCAGAAGAUGUGGUCCUACAUGGAAUACAAGAAACCUUCUGUAUUUGUAAACAACUACGUAGAAGGGGUCGCCAGGGUUAAGAAGGGAAAUUUUGCAUUUUUGAUGGAAUCUACAAUGCUUGAUUAUGUUGUUCAACGGGAUUGUAACCUAACACAGAUCGGUGGUCUUCUAGACAGUAAAGGGUAUGGAAUUGCAACUCCAAAAGGUUCUAAAUGGAGGGACCCGAUAUCAUUGGCGAUCCUAGAGUUACAGGAGAAAGGAACAAUCCAGAUGUUGUACAAUAAGUGGUGGAAGAAUACAGGAGAUGUGUGUACAAGACAGGAUAAGAGUAAGGACUCUAAAGCACAUCCCCUGAGUGUUCAGAAUAUAGGAGGAGUUUUCGUUGUUCUUCUUUGUGGACUUGCAUUGGCUAUCAUGGUAACUUCUUCUUUUUCUGAUGUAACGAACCUAUAG